AUGUCGCAAACAUCUCGUUUAUUACCUUUCCUUUGCACAUUCAUCCCAGUUUCGACAGCGUUAUCAUUAUGGUCCACCACCCCUGCAAAUAGCAGCGACAUCAUCCGCACCACCUACCCGAUCGGAAAUGGUCGUCUUGGUGCAAUGCCAAUUGGUCCACCAGGUACUGAGACACUUACUCUGAAUCUGGACACUCUGUGGUCAGGCGGUCCAUUUUCAGCAUCCAACUACAGCGGUGGAAAUCCAAACUCUUCCGUUGCUGAGUCUCUGCCGGGUAUCCGGGAGUGGAUCUUCACCAAUGGAACGGGGAACGUGACAGAAUUGCUGGGUCUAGAUGACGCAUACGGUUCCUAUCAAGUUCUCGGCAACUUGAGUGUAACCAUUCCUUCGCUGGUGGAUGUCGAUGUUGCCAAUUAUACACGCACAUUGGACUUGAGCAAUGGCAUACAUACUACCUCGUUUAGCUUGAACGGUAGCCAUAUCGAGACUGAAGCCUUUUGCUCCUUUCCGGAUCAAGUUUGCGUCUAUACGAUUCGGUCUUCAAAUGGACUGCCAGCUGUUGAAGUAAGAUUGGAUAAUGAGCUGGUCGACCCUGAGCUGCGGAACGCUACCUGCGUUAGUGGCAACGGCACGGAUUCCGGUUAUCUGAGACUGGGGGGUGUGACAGAGCUUGGUCCGCCUGAAGGUAUGCGGUAUGAUGCGAUUGCGCGAGUGGCAUCUGGCAGCAAUAUCAACACGAGGUGCGAUAGCAGCACCAAUCUGCUGACCAUUGGAUCUGGCAACGGUACAAAUAGCGUUACGAUAGUGCUAGGCGCUGGAACAAAUUACGACGCAAAGAAAGGAACACCAGAGUCUGACUACUCAUUCCGCGGCGAAGAUCCAGGUCCAGCCGUCGAAGCAACGACUUCUAACGCCGCUGCAAAAACACUUUCUGGUUUAGUCAAACGCCACAUCGACGACUUCACUUCUCUCACAGGCCGCUUUACAUUAUCUCUUCCAGAUCCCUUGAGGUCUUCCCAGACACCAACAUCAGAAGUCAUCGCACGAUACAACGCAAAUAACACAGCGGGCGACCCAUACAUCGAGAACCUACUCUUUGACUACGCGCAGUACCUCUUUAUCUCCAGUUCACGGCCAGGCUCUCUUCCACCAAAUCUCCAGGGACGAUGGAGCGAAGGUCUCUGGGCUGCGUGGUCAGCAGACUACCAUGCAAACAUUAAUUUGCAAAUGAACCAUUGGACAGCCGACCAGACUGGAUUGACCGACCUCCAGUCACCAUUAUGGGACUACAUGACCGACAAUUGGGUUCCGCGUGGUAGCGAGACAGCUGAGCUACUAUACGGCGCACCAGGAUGGGUGGUACACAACGAGAUGAAUAUUUUCGGCCAUACCGGAAUGAAGAGUGGUGCUGAGUGGGCAAAUUACCCAGCUUCUGCCGCAUGGAUGAUGCAGCAUGUGUUCGAUCAUUGGGAUUACUCGCGCGACGAGGCGUGGCUGCGAGAUCAAGGAUAUCCGCUUAUGAAAGGUGUUGCAGAGUUUUGGCUCAGCCAGCUUCAAGAAGACAUCUUUAAUGACGACGGAUCACUGGUUGUCAACCCAUGCAACAGUCCCGAGCACGGUCCGACAACAUUUGGAUGUGCGCACUAUCAGCAGCUCGUACAUCAGGUCUUCGAGGCGGUACUCUCCACGAUGACCAUAGUGGGCGAAUCAGACACUGCUUUCAUAAGCAAUGUCACCGAUUCGCUUCAGCGGCUUGACAAAGGGUUUCACGUUGGAUCGUGGGGCCAGAUCAAAGAAUGGAAGCUUCCUGAAGAGCCAUAUGGUUUGGAAUUCAUCAACGACACUCAUCGCCAUCUCUCUGAGCUAGUCGGCUGGUACCCCGGUUACUCGCUCUCCUCCUUCCUUGAUGGCUACACAAAUAGCACUGUUCAAGACGCUAUCCGGCAGAAACUGUACAGCCGAGGUAACGGUAAUGGCCAGGAUGCGAAUGCCGGAUGGGCAAAGGUCUGGCGCUCAGCUUGUUGGGCCAGACUGAAUGACACAGAUCAAGCUUACUAUGAGCUCCGGUAUGCCAUCGAGCAAAAUUUUGCUGGAAAUGGAUUCAGUAUGUAUUCCGGUAUCGAAACGCCAUUCCAGAUCGACGCAAACUUUGGGUUUGGAGGCGCCGUGCUGAGCAUGCUUGUCACGGACAUGCCGACAGCUGCGGGUGGUGAAGAGGAUAGAAAAACUGUGGUGUUGGGUCCUGCGAUUCCAACAAGCUGGAGCGGCGGGAAUGUAAAAGGAUUGAGAUUGAGAGGCGGCGGAAUUGUUGACUUUGGGUGGGAUGUGAACGGAGUCGUUAAAGAUGUGAAGACAUAUGGUAAGCUCGAAGGUCUGACCCUGGUGAACAAGGAAGGUACUGCGCUAGGGUAA